AUGUGCACUUCUCUCGGCUUCUCUGUCCUGCAGGUGAAUUCCUGGAGUGGCUCCAUCGAGAUUGGGGUGACCGCUUUAGAUCCCAACCACCUGGACUUCCCCAGCAGCGCCACCGGCCUCAAAGGGGGCUCCUGGAUCAUUUCGGGUUGCUCGGUGCUGCGGGACGGGCGCUCCAUCUUGGAGGAGUACGGCCAGGACUUGGACCAGCUGGGGGAAGGGGACCGGGUGGGCAUUCAGCGGACGGCCAACAGUGAAUUGCACCUGUGGGUCAACGGGCAGGACUGUGGCACGGCAGCCACUGGCAUCCCGCCCCGUGUUUGGGCCGUGGUCGACCUGUACGGGAAGUGCACCCAGAUCACAGUGGUGCCCAGCCACUUGGAGGAGGCGGAAGAGGGGACCGCUCAUGAUGAAGCUCUGGACCUGCCCUGCAAUCAGAACCGGCCGGAUAAAUUUCCCAAUACCCUGGAGUCAGAGAAUGGCUUCUCCAGCAUGGAGCUGUCCGAGGUGGUGAGCAACGCCAUCCUGUCAGCCUACAACGGGAGCUUGCUCAACGUCAGCCUGGGCAGCCCGCCGCCCGACUCCGGUCCCUGCGCGGCCCCACCCAUGACCUCCAACGACGCUCUCCUUUUCCACGAGAAGUGCGGGACCCUCAUCAAGCUCAGCAACAACAACAAGACAGCCGAGCGGCGGCGGCCGCUGGACGAGUUCAAUAACGGGGUGGUCAUGACCAACCGCCCACUGAGGGAUAACGAGAUGUUUGAGAUCCGAAUUGACAAAUUGGUGGAUAAGUGGUCGGGUUCCAUAGAAAUCGGGGUCACCACACACAAUCCCAACAACCUGGAGUAUCCGGCCACGAUGACGAACCUGCGCUCAGGAACCAUCAUGAUGAGCGGGUGCGGCAUCUUGACCAACGGCAAGGGAACACGGCGGGAGUACUGUGAAUUCAGCCUGGACGAGCUGCAGGAAGGAGAUCACAUUGGCUUGACCAGGAAAUCCAACAACGCCCUACACUUUUACAUCAACGGGAUUGACCAAGGCGUGGCCACCACCCUUACCCCACUCGUGGUCUACGGGGUGGUGGACCUUUACGGCAUGGCCGUGAAGGUCACCAUCGUGCACAACCACAACCACAGCGACCGCCUGCGGCGCAACAACGCCAUCCUGAGAGCCCUCUCGCCCGACGUCGGGCGCCGCGCCAUCGAUGCUGGGGGGAACGAGCCGGAGCCGGAACGCCUUCUCUUCCAUCCGAAUUGCGGGCAGAAAGCCGCCAUCAUCAACGAGGGACGGACGGCCCUGCGGCCCCACGCCACAGACGAUUUCAACCACGGCGUGGUCCUGAGCAACCGGCCGCUACGCAAUGGCGAGGUCUUCCAGGUCCGGAUUGACAAGAUGGUAGACAAAUGGGCCGGCUCCAUUGAGAUCGGCGUCACCACCCACAACCCAACGUACCUGCAGCUGCCUUCCACCAUGACCAACCUGCGGUCAGGGACCUGGAUGAUGACUGGGAACGGGGUGAUGCACAACGGAACGACCAUCCUGGACGAAUACGGCCACAACCUGGACCGUCUGAAGGCGGGCGACACGGUGGGCGUGGUGCGCAAGGAGGACGGGACGUUGCACUUCUUUGUGAACGGGGUGGCUCAGGGCCCAGCCGCCUGGAACGUCCCGCCCAACGUCUAUGCCGUCGUGGAUCUGUACGGGCAGGCGGCCCAAGCCACCAUCAUGGACGACACAGACCUCCUUCCACUUCCUGAUGACCUCUCGGAAGGAAACAACCAGCUGUCUCCCAGCAGUCCUUCCUCCAUCGCCUCCGGGAGCGACCUGCGUUUCCACCACCUUCACGGCAACAACGCCGUCAUUACCAACGGCGGGCGCACAGCACUGCGGCAGAACUGCCGGAGCGAGUUCAACGAUGCCAUCGUUAUCUCAAACCGGCCUCUCCGAGAUGGGGAACUCUUUGAAAUCAUCAUUCAGAAGAUGGUGGAUCGCUGGUCUGGGUCAAUCGAAGCAGGUGUUACUGCCAUCCGUCCUGAAGACCUGGAGUUCCCAAACACCAUGACCGACAUCGAUUACGAUACCUGGAUGCUCAGUGGCACGGCCAUCAUGCAAGACGGGAACACCAUGCGCAACAAUUACGGCUGCGACUUGGAUUCGCUGACCACGGGGUCGCGCAUUGGAAUGAUGCGCACGGCCAAGGGGGACCUCCACUAUUUCAUCAACGGCGUCGACCAGGGGGUGGCCUGCUCUGGCUUACCUCCCGGGAAGGAGGUCUACGCCGUGGUCGAUCUGUACGGCCAGUGUGUGCAGGUGUCCAUCACCAGUGCCACCGGGCCCAUGGACAACAGCUUGUCCACCAGCAACAUCACGGAGAAGUCGUUCCCAAUCCAUUCACCAGUGCCCGGGGUGGCCCACCGUUUCCACAGCACCUGCGGCAAGAACGUGGCUUUCCAGGAUGACGGGUGCCGCGCCGUGCGAGUGGCCGGCUACUGCCACGGCAUCGUCUUCAGUAUGAAGGAGUUAAAGACGGAUGAAAUUUUCGAGGUCAAGAUAGACGACCUGGACGAAAAGUGGUCCGGAUCCGUUCAUGUGGGCUUGACCACCCUGCUGCCCUCGGACGCCCCCUUCCCCGUCACAGGCCUGCCGGCCUCGGUCCUGGAGUUGCGUUCCAAGGUGACGUGGCUGGUGACGGGCUCCGAGGUGAGGCGCAACGGCCUCCUGCAGAAGCAGAACUACGGCUGCUCCCUGGAACGCCUUGGGGUCGGGAGCCGCAUAGGUGUGAAACGGUGCACAGAUGACACCAUGCACGUUUUGAUCGAUGGGGAGGACAUGGGGCCGGCAGCCACGGGCGUGGCCAAGAACGUCUACGUGGUGCUGGAUCUCUACGGCCGGGUCACGUCCGUCUCCAUUGUCAGCUCCACCAUGCUGGAAGAGGCAGACGGGACCAAACCGCCCUCCGUCACCUCCGAGCCCUGCAGCGAAGAGGAGGAGGAGGAAGAGGAAGCCACCCCUUGUGAGAAUGAAGUGCCGGCUGUGGCCUCCUCCAUGGAGUUCCUCGAGAACCACGGCAAGAACAUUCUCCUCUCCAACGGUAACCGGACCGCCACCCGGGUCUCCAGCUACAACCAGGGCAUCGUGGUCGUGGCCCAGCCUUUGCCUCAGCAGCAGCUCUUCCAGUUCCAGAUCGAUUCCCUGAAUCCGCAGUGGACUUCUUCGCUGUCCCUCGGGGUCAUCGGCAGUUCUCCCGAGCGGCUCAAUUUCCCCGCCACGGCCUGCUCCCUCAAGCGCUCCACCUGGCUGCUGCAGCGAGACUCCAUCUUCCACAACUCCCUCAAGAUCUGUGAAAACUACGGCCCCAACCUUGACACCUGCCCCGAAGGGACGGUGCUGGGCCUCCUGGUGGACGCCAGCAGCUGCCUUCACCUCUACGUCAACGGGAUGGACCAGGGCGUGGCCGUGCAGGACGUCCCGAACCUUUGCUACGUCCUCAUCGACCUCUACGGGCAGUGCGAACAGGUGACCAUCGUGACCAAUGACACUCCCGCGGUAGGAAGCGAGGGCACCGAUCCCCACGCCCAGGGUGACAUGGAGAAGGCCGACAUGGUGGACGGUAUCAAGGAGAGUGUGUGUUGGACACCACCUGCGGACGUGAACACGAUGAAGACCUGUGAAUACCACGCGCUCUGUGCUCGCUUCAAAGACCUCCUCCUCCUCCCAGAUGAUUAUUUCGCAGAAGACCCCAAGUUCAGCCUCUGCUACUGCGAGUCGUGCCACAAGCUCCGGGGCGAUGAGCCGUAUUACAAGCGAGGGGAGCCUCCCCGAGACUACGCUUUGCCUUUCGGAUGGUGCCGCUUCAACCUCAGGGUAAAUCCCCGGUUGGAAGUGGCCAGUGCCUGCAAGAAGUGGCACAUGGCCUACCACGGGACGAACGUGGGGGCCGUGCGGCGCACGCUGGAUCAAGGAGAAUUGGUCCCAGGGAACACGUCCAUCUUGAGCUGCCGCCCCGUCAAAGCAGACCCGCAGGGGGGUGGGGGCGGCGGCGGGGGUGGCAGCGGGAGCGGAGGGUACCACGAGUCCGAGGAGAACAGCUCCCAGGGCCGCGAAGAGCUCCAGCGGGUCCUUCUGUCGCCCACUCUGCGCUAUGCCGGCCUGGAGCCUUUUGCCACCAAAGUGCAAUUCAAGGACCCGAAGUCUCUCCGCCAGCACUCUGCCCAGGUGGCCUUCCAGGUGUGCGUGCGCCCGGGGUCGUACAAAGUGUGCCCGCCGUCGCUGGCCGCCCCGGAGCCCGCCGACCCCCGUUUCAGCAGCGCCGAGAUCGAGUGGGUCACCAAGGAGAAAGGGGCCGUCGUCCUUUACGGGCUGCUCGUCCGGGUGGAGUGAAGCCUCUUCUCCUGGGAGAGCAGGAGGAGCGCCGGGACGGCAGCACCACGGCCCGUGGGGCAGGCCAGCGGGGGGGCAGUGGUGGCUUCUGCCCCAAAGACGUCCCUCCCCCUACAACCUGCCCCCUCCUACGCACAGACUGGAUGGAGCUGGCAAGUCGGAAAGGUUUUCACGGCUACGAUGACAACGACGACGGGGCACACGAGAGACUCUGAAGAGACCUCCCCCUCCCCAGGCAGGGCGAAGCACUACGGGGACCCCCCCUCCUGCUGUUUCCUGCUGUUCUUCUCUUUUCCUUUUGCACAGAGACCAGACAAGCUGGGGAGGGGGGGAGGCAGCUGGGGAGUGUUGAGUUCGGCCUUGUAUUUAAAAGCAUG